GAGUUAUAAAAGGAUAAGACAACAAAAUGUGACUAUAUAAAUUGAUAGGAUUCAAGAUGUUUUCCAACGUUAUUUUGAACGUAGUAUUUUUAAUGCUGAGUCUUGUUACCAUAGCAGACGGUUAUUGUUUUAUGUCAUAUGCCGGUCCAGGUUUAAAAGACUGUGUUGCACCAAAUGAAGUCCAUGUAGAAAAUGGUACACGUUAUACAUCAUAUGAGGAUUGUAUCAGUUGUGAUUGUAACAGCGGCUUCCUGAAUUGUUGUCAAAUGGGAAUAACUUUGGGAGACCUACAUCCAGAAUGCAAGGUUGUAUUAGAUGGACCAUGCUGGGAAAAGGCUGUAAUGAAAAUCAAUGAAAACGAGCCAUGUCCAUAUCCUCAUGGAGGAAAGGGUCGUUAAAAAAAUAAAAUUGAUAUGAAAUGAGAA